AUGUCCUCUGGUUUUUAUGUGACCAGAAACAAUGUGAUAAAGAAUCGCGCCGCCAUAUUCCACGCUCGCACGUACUGGGGAUUGCUGUACGAAACAGACUUUAACACGCCACAAUUGGUGCGCGUUCCCCUUUACCUAGGAAAAACGAGCGCCAAGAGCUUGGACGACUUGGACACGGACAUCUGGAUUCGCAGUGGUUCCUUCUUCACUCAAUGCAUCGACUUGGAUGAAAAUCGUUUACAUGUAGGCCCCUCCAAGGGCGGUAGGCCAUACCGUCUUCGUCCUCCUCUCACCAUCUACUAUUCCAAACGUCCACCUCCGCCAACAUAUGCCAGGCACUUCAAUAGGGCAAUCAAACGCAUUUCUGGUAAUACAAUCGACAAAUGGCACGGUAACGUCUUGGUAGUAUGUCACGGCAAACGAAGCGCCGUGGCAGGUGUUCAAAUGAAGGAUGUCUCUUACAUCAACAAACGCAUCGUUCGUGAUUCUCAAGUUUCUGGCAUCGCAGCUUCCCACCUAACACUUCGUUUCCUAUCAAGAAAUUAUUACAAUGGCAUUCAGUGGCCCUGCCCUCAAUACUGCGCGAGUCCAAACUGGAAUUCCAGAGUAGGAUGGGCCAACUCAAAAUCUGGUCAAAUCUUGGUCGAUGCCAAAAGUGGAGACGAAAUGUUCUGCAUCGUAGUGGGCACGGUCUCCGAAACACGAUUCAAGAUGGGGCCCGUUGGAAACUACAACCCCGAAUUCAACAAGCUCAAGGAUGCCAAAUACACUUUCGGUUUGGACGAACCAACAAAUCCUGAUUUCAGACCCGACUGGGCCACCGCUGUCAAAGACUUAGAGAACGCUGAGAAUCUCAUACAAGGGACUAAAGAUCAUCGACACUUUAUUGAGAAAAUUGGCAAUCUCAGGUCGCUGCGACUGAGCGCUCGUGUUCUCCAAGAAAAGGAUCCCGGAGUAUCAGAUGAAAUUAAACUAUCACAUUGGCCUGCGCCGCCAGAGUAUCAUGACGCUCUAGCCGACUUGGAAGACACGCACACUGUUGCGCCACUCAUGGCUUACAACGAAAAAGAAUCUCAAAUUUUGCCUGAGGAAUUGCCAUCCGUUCUCAAAGGAACUCUUGUCGAAGUAACCUUCACCCUCCGCCAUUAUCGUAUCAAGAAUGCUACGCAAGACAGCGAUACAUACACUGGAACAAUCGAACAGAUCAUCAUCUUAGAACGCGCACCUCCCAAGAAGAUCAGUCCUUACCGUAAAGGAAGUGGACCGAUCCGCAUCCGACCUUCAAAUGUUCCCUCUCGGGAAGAACAAGCAGCUGCAGUUCGCGCGUUCUCGUGGUCAAGACCUACCAUUCGCGAUCCGCUUCCAGUCAUGCAAACCGCUGGCUCCUCAGUCAAUCUGACAGCAGACGAUGCCUCCCAAUCUUUUCAUAACGUUCAGGGACCUGAACUCGAAGCUUCCAACAUUCCGGUUGCGGUCGCAGACGGUCACAUUCCAUCUUCCGGUAUUACCAUUUCUCCAACUCCAGCCCUCGAUCAAACGGCCCCACUUUCACCAACUACUUUCCCCACUGUGCCACCUUCAGCUGCAGUGGCCGCAUCCUCGAUGACGUCAAGUGCGCCCCCCCUUGAGAACCAUGAUACAUCGUCACCGACCACCAACCCUAUACCACCUUCAGGUACCUCAGAGACUCAGAACAUACGGGCCCGCCAAACACUUAUCAUUCCUUCCUUAAAAGCUUUAGGGAAACGAAAAGCGGAUGAAGCUAUUGACGAUGAAAGGCCAACCAAGAAAUCCUCCAAAUAA